AUUACAAACACGGCACCCAGAGGUCGCGGCGGCUACCCUCGUUUCUUCGCUUUUGGGUCUUCUCGGCUUCCGCGUGGAUUGAUCUUGGGAUCUUUUUUUUCGGAAGCCUCAGCCCAAUAUGUAUCGCACGGCGCUUAGGACAGCGCCCAGCGCUUUGCGCGCCCUCAAACCUACAACGCUCGCCUCCGGGUCCCGGCGGCUUAUGUCCACGGCCCCGGCAAGGAAGAAGGGGACAUGGAAGGGUACCGCGCUACGAUGGGGUCUCGCGACCUGGGCCGUCUACUUCUACAACACGAGUCCUAUCUUCGCAGAUGAGCUGCCACCCCCAGUAGGGCCCGCGCCCCCUCACUUCUCUGAUUCCGACCUUCCCACCAUCGAUGCCAUGAUCGAGGAGAAGCGGCGACAAGCCGCCUCCGCCCCCCCACCUCCGCCACCGGCACAGGAGCCUGUAACAGUAGCAGCGAAGACAGCCGCCGACAUCCCUGAGAUGCCGGUAUCCGAAGACGCGAAGCCGACCAAGGCUGAGGCUGCCCCGGCUGCCGCGCCGGAACAAGAGCACGAGCCUGGCUCGCCCGAGGCCCUCGAGCACGAAGCCACGCAACAAGGCGCCUUCGACCCUGAGACCGGCGAGAUCAACUGGGACUGCCCGUGCCUUGGCGGCAUGGCCCACGGGCCGUGCGGCGAGGAGUUCAAGGCCGCCUUCAGCUGCUUCGUCUACUCUAAGGAGGAGCCCAAGGGAAUGGACUGUAUCGAGAAGUUCCAGCACAUGCAGGAUUGCUUCCGGAAGUACCCCGAGGUCUAUGGCUCUGAGCUAGCCGAUGACGACGAGGAGGCUACGCCUGCUGAGGAAGGUGCCCAGGCGCUCACGAAGACAAACGAGAACCCGACCACGGCCAGCACAGAGUCUUCAGCCGCAUCAACCGAGAAGACGGCUCCUCAACCGCCCGCGACCAAGGAUGAGGUUAUUCUGAAGAAGGCUGUUGACGCGACGGAUGCGAAUAAGGGCAAGGAGCAAUAAACAUCAACGGCUCCAUACAAAUUCGAGCCAUACAACCUGGCGUAAUGGGACGGGGGAAGCAGUAUAUUCGGUGUUGGGGUACGGCGCCGGCGUGGGUUUCCCAUGCACUUGUAUGACUCUCAUGUAUACCAUUAGAUACAGGUACAAUAGAACCCUUCCUCUCAACAGGAUGCUCAGCCUGGCAUCUCGGUCACAUGGUGAGUAUCGCUGGUAGCAGAUUGAAGAAGCCAAAACUGUCUCAGGCCGAUGGUUACUUGAGUAGAUGAAAAGCACCCAGGACAGCUGCUUACAUGCUUCACCUUCUCAUCAGAGUUUCUAUGCUCAUCACUUCCCCAUGCCUAGGGACUAAUGUAUAUGCAGACAGUUUGGUUACCGUACCUGAGCGAGCCUGAGCUGCAAUCUGCCCCUCAAGCUCUACACGUGUACAAGCGGAACCGCUGACGUCAAGCGACAGGGGGACGUGGCUGCCCCACUUCAACUCUGUACCUUGGCUGCAAC